CAGCUUCCAUCACGGAUCGCAUGCAUUUCGCCGUGGACAAAAACGGAACGAAGAAGGAGCAAAAAGCAACAAGAGCAGCAGCAGCAAGCAGUUCAGAGGCCAUCAGCCAUCGUAUCGCACGCAGAGUGAAAAUAAGACGAAAACGACAAACGCGAGAACCAUCAUCCGCCGUCGAACUCCUAUCGCGAAAAAGGAAGAGGAAAAACCGAUUUUCGAUGGACGAUCGUUUCCUAGGUGGUGAAAAGUUGUGAAGCCCAUCCAGGUGCUCGGUGGAAAAGGCUAAAGGAAAUCUUCGGAGUGCUCGGUAAGAGGUGAAAAGUGGCCCCAAAAGCGACCGACGAAAACGUCGUCGCCGUCUUCGGAAAAAAGUGGUGCUUGUGGUUGAUUGGUUGGUUGGUGAUUGUUUCCGACUCUGGCAGCAGUGUGAAAAAUCUCGGUCGAAUCUCGUCGCGACCCGGAAACUGCACAUCCGCGGCCGUGCAGAGUGGUUGGUCGAUGCGCAUCCGGAGGAUGGGUUUUUCUGGGGAAAAUAUUUAGUUCAAACGUCGCGUAAAGUUUGGCUGGCGGAACAGCAGCUGCAGCAGCCAGAAGCAGGAAGCUGCCAAAAAGGUGCCGUGGAGAAGUAGGGGUACCGAAUGAGUGGGUGCUAAAAAAGAGCAAAAUAACACGGGAAAAAACCCCUCAGCCGCCUCGUCCGCACAAGAAGAGUCAUUCUAAAUUUAACGCCGCGAAAAUCGGAAGGCAAAAACAAGCAGGAAAAAUAGUUUGCCCCUUUGCAGCAGCAGCAGUGAGUUUAUAAACGCGAGAAGAAGAGAUCCGUCACAGUCACAGCAGCGGCGAAGAAGUCCCAGUGUCCAAGGAUCCCCGCGUCGGUGGAGGGCGGAGGUGUGUCGUAGCCGCAACCGUCGUCCAGCUUGUUUGUGUGAGUUUAGUGUCCCAAAGCCGUUUCAGGCGGCCGGCGGGAGAUCAUUUCGGUGGAAGCGAACCCCAAACGGAACAACCACGGAGACGGCACGGAGAAAGCAACGCGGAUAAUGAAGAGGAGAAAUGCCGAUUGUGGCAAGAUUCGGCGACCCAUCAAGAGGAACAAAAUAGCGGAGCAGAUUGGAAGCAACACACUGCUGUACGUAAAAUUCCUUCUACUAUGGGCGUUCGUAAUCACGGCUGACUUCUUGCUCGAGUUCCGGUUUGAAUUCCUGUGGCCGUUCUGGCUGCUACUCCGCUCAGUCUAUGACUCGUUCAAAUACAAAGGACUGGCUUUCUCGGUACUGUUCGUCUGCAUUGCCAUCACCUCGGACCUAGUGUGUUUGUUCUUCAUCCCGGUGCAGUGGUUGUUCUUCGCUGCCAGCACCUACGUGUGGGUGCAGUAUGUUUGGCAUACAGAUAAAGGAAUCUGUCUGCCAACCAUCAUUCUGUGGAUACUGUUCGUCUAUCUGGAAGCCGCCAUCCGGUGGAAGGAUAGUCGAAACAUUCCACAUCUAGAUCUCUGCCGACCAUUUGCGGCGCACUGCAUUGGCUACCCGGUGGUAACGCUCGGGUUCGGCUUCAAGAGCUACGUAGGCUAUCGAAUAAGGCAGCGCAAGCAGCGCGAGGUGGCCAAGGACAAUGACUUCUACAUGCAGUUGUUGCAGGAGGCUCUGCCAAAGGACGAGUCCACCCUGAACGGUGAAACGAAUUCGUCCGUCGACCAGCCGCAGCCGGAUCACCAACUAUCGCCUUCUGCCCAGCAGAAGGAACUCUCGGUGACGGCCACGGCGGUACAGCUGCAGAGCAGCAGCACCAUCAGUACUAGUAGUAGUAAUAGUAGCAACAGCAGUGGCGGUGGAGGACAUCACCAUCACCACCAUAGUAGUAAGAACGCUCAAAGUCAUAACAAAUCACAGAGCAAUGUGACGCCCACGAGUCACGCCAAUGGUCAUGCCGGAGUUGGGAGCACGGCAGGAUCGAGUUCAACGCCUACCGGCAGUAGCAGCGGAAACAGCACGAUGAAUGGCGGAGUGAGUCAUUCGAAGCACCUUCAUCGGAAGAGUUUGGACAAAGAUGGGUCCGGUACGCCGAGUGGGAAAGCCAACAGUUAUUCAUAUCACCAGCAGCAGCAGCAGAACAGUACUGGGAGCAGUAAUUGUGCUAAGGAGGGCUCACGAUCGCACGAUAGUUCACACACGAACGGUGCUGCCAUGUCUCCGAAGGAGAAAAAAGACUGCGACUUGACGACGGGCCAAAAGUCUCACUUUGAUAGUCUCUCUUCAAAUAGUUAUCAUCACACAAACAGUGGCGGCGGCGGCGGCGGCAGUACCAACAAGUCUACGCAGGCCAAUGAAAGUAACCAUGACAGUGGAGGAGGAAAUCGAAGCAAGGGUCAACAAAAUGGCCACGUGAUCAACUGUGACGUGGAUCUGCAUUCUCACCAGCAGCAGCAACAGCAAGUACAGCAGCACAAUCACAUAGAGAACGAUCCUCCGGCAGAACCGAAGACGAAUCGUUCCGGCCGCAAGAAUCGCGUAAAACAAAAGGAGAACGCCAAUCACUUGGCAGCGGUACGCCUCGCAGCAACCCUUGCUUUGGCUUCCUCGAUCACGACGCUGACGACGACGGCGGCUGCUGCGACAGCGACGGUAUCCACAUCAGCGGCUACUACGACCACCUCCACUGCGACGACGUCGAUGACUUCCAAAGACAAUCAUCUGCACAACCAUCACCACCAUCACAACCACCACGAUCAACAGCAACAGCAAGAUCUGCACGCCGCAGCCAGCAGCAACAGCAACAGCAGCACAGUCUCGAACAAUACUCAAAACGGGGGCCCGAACAGCCCGACAACCACCGGUUCUACGGUGAUCAGUUCGAACGCUGCGGCACUUGCGCCGCAGACCCAACCGGUGCCUCCGCCGGUGGUGCCGAAAGUGUGCGACGCUUGCAGCCGGCUGGAGGCAGACGCCAAGAAGCUCCGCACCGAGAUCAACAGUCUGAAGCAAGGGGAUAACGAGAUGCGGCAAAAGUACGAUUCGAAUAUUGGGAACCUGAAGACCUGUUUGCAGGCCAAACAGAAGGAUUUCGAUGAAUUGCAUAACAAAUUCCAAGACCUGACCACGCAACGGCAACAGGAACGACAGAAUAUGCAAACGGUCGAACGACGGCUGGGAGAAGAGCGACGCGUCCGCCAGUCGCUGGAGUCCCAGCUGCAGAACGAACGCAAGCACCGAAAACAGGCCGAGGAAAAAGCUGCCCGGGCCGAAUGUGGCGAUUCGUGCAAGCUCAAGCGCCAACAGCUGGAGAUGGACAUCCAAAAGCUGCGGCGGGAGCUGAUCAACUCGGAGGACGCAAAGCACAACGCCGAAACGCAGAAUCGGAACUUUGAACAGGAGAUGCGAAAGAUCGAAGUGCAGCUACGAAACCGCGAAUCUCAGCAGAGCUCCGAGGUGCUCAUGUCGGCCCUGGCAGCAAUGCAGGACAAGAACGCCACUCUGGAGAAGAAUCUGUCGGCCGAAACGAGAGUUAAGCUGGACUUAUUCUCGGCCCUCGGCGACGCUCGGCGGCAACUGGAGAUUGCUUCCUGUGCCGUUCGUACUAAGGAGAAGGAGAUUAUGGACCUGAAGGCGAAAAUCGUGCAACUUUUGGCAGUAAUGCCUGGGGUGGCCGGUGAAUCGCUUUGCCUGUCGGUUCCGGGUGGACCAUCUUCGGGAGGCGGCAGCGGAGGUGGAAUGCGAUUGGCUGACGCCCCGCAGUUGCUGUCGCAAUCCUCGUUGAACGGACAACCCAGUCCCAUGUCGCACAUUGUGAUGAACUCGCCGCCAUUGAUCAGUCAAUUGAGCCAGCUGGGAGUGCUGACUUCGACGAUCACGACUCCGACCGCGGCCAUGUCCUCCGGUGUCGUGGGAGCUGGAACAAAUGUGGUCACCGGAGGUGUCGGAAUGAUUCCGCACUCGGUCCAUCAGCAGCAGCAAUCUGCGGCAGGAGUGGUGACAGUGGCCGCCGCCGUUGCCGCUGGCUCCAAUGGCCAAAUAGUACAAAUGCAAAACUCAAACAACUGUCCCUCCAGUCUGGAUCCAAACGCGUCGGUCUACACGCCCAAGAACUGCUCCUCGUCGAUGGUCGGCGGGACCGAGGCCUGACCUGCACCGUUGGAAUUGCAGCAACAAUUCCUUCCAAUCAACAGCAGCAGCAGCACAUCUUUUCCCAGUCUUGAUCUAAUCAGCAGCUCGAGCUCUAGCGGUACCAAUCAGUUCAUUGUUCCAGCACACGCCCUUCUGCAUCAGCCAACGACGCAGCAACAACCGCCAGGUAACCCCUUCGCGUAAUCACCCUAAUGGAGAUGAAAGAUGGUGUAUUUAUCUUUUUAUUAUGAUCUCAAUCCAACUCGCGAGAUUUUUUAAACACAGAGAGAUCCAUUCGAAGAAAACGUUCCUAGUCUUUACCACAAAACAGCCUGCUAUGUGUUGCGCCCUUGUCUGAUGCCCCCGGGGAACUUUUCCGUUUGCAUAUUUUUAAGAGAAAACCAAAUUCAUCCUCUUCCCGUUUUUUUUUCUUAUAAUUUUAUAUUUCUGAAAGCAACUAAAGUUUCCCCCCCCCCUUUAGUGUUAGGAUUAAUGAGUUUCCUACUCGAAUUUGAACUUAUCAACUUUCAACGCACACUAGAUCACGGUGAGUGAAUACGAAAAAUGUUAAUCUAGCAACCAUUUCGUUGUAUUAGUUUUAUUCGAAGAAGUCAAACCAAAUAAUUCCUUCGAAUCCCCAGAAAAAUCAAUGAACGUACUUGUUCCUCCCUUGCAGGUGGAACACAUUUGGUAUCCUUCACCAAGGAGAUUUUUUCGCCCAUAACGAGAACUGAACUGAGCUAUUUUUCUCUCACUUUGGAAAUGGGGCAAACCCCAUUGUUGAGCGCGAUUGGUGUGUCGUACAUACACGAAAAUAAACUGAAUUUCUUUUAGCGUGCACUGUUCCUCUAAAUCUUUCUCUCUAUUUUUUUGUGAGUUUGGAAAAAACUGAAGUAACUUUUUUGUGGAUGAUUCCUAAUUUCAAAAUUGGACUGCUUAACACAGAUUAUCAAAACAAUUCCAAUUUUUUAAUGUAUACCCUAUUUGGUACAAUGCCGAUUUGCAUAACGUUGUUGUUGUUUGACAAAAUACCCAUUCGGCAUACCUUUCCAUAAUGCCGUUCGACAUAAAAUAACCUCGGUUCUUCAUUUCAAUUUAGCUAUCAGGCUUAUCCUGCAAGUCGUGCCACUUUCGUCUAAAAAAAAUGAGACGACUAACGUAUGUAAAUCGAAUGGGAGCGAAUCGACUUUUGCAAUCUCAUUCGAAUAGUCUCACCUCACACGACUCGCAGAAUUAGCUCGCUUAUGCCAAACGACCAUUGUGCUAAAUGACCGAAAAAGCAAAUUUCAUGAAAUUUUCUAGAAGUCUUCAUUUUCCAUUUGAAAUUUAAUUUUCUCGACAAAAAUCAAUGACUUCGGUACUUUUAGGUAUAAGUUUGUUCAAAUGGUUUCCGAAAUAUUUCGUUGUUUUCCGCCAAGAAUCACUCCGCUGCUUGUUUCUUCAGUCACUUUCCAUCAAAGCCACAAAACGAACUAAAUCUUUUAAAACUAAGGGAUAAAAACAAGAAAUGUUGUGAUAUUCAUAUUACUUAAAAUUAAUGAUUUAACGUUUUAAUUUUAAAACAAAUUAUAGCUUAUUAUUAUUUAUAUAAAUCGCAAACACAAACAGAAAACGCGCGUGUGAAAAUCGAAAUCAGCUCCUAUUUUUAUAAUUACAUAAUUAAAGGCAAAAACCAUUAUUACUCGCGUUAACCGACGAUUAUCAAUUCAUUGAAUUUGCAAAGAACUAAGGAUCUGCUGAAAACA